AUGAGAGUCGCAGUAAUUGGAGCAAAUGGCCGUGUGGGUCAGAUACUAUGUCAGCUGCUGAAAAAAUCCGCGAAAUUUGAGCCACUGGCUGUUGUUAGAGACCAAAACCAAAAAAACUACUUCGAGCAAGAUCUUGGCAUUGAAGCAAGCCUAACGAGCAUCGAGGAGAGCUCUGUUGCAGAGAUAAGUGAUGCUCUGAAGGGUUGCGAGGCCGUGGUUUGGACCGCAGGUGCCGGUGGCAAGGGUAUCGAACGGAUUUUCACGGUUGACCUUGACGGCGCAAUGAAGACAAUUGAAGCAUGUCAGAAGGGACAAAUUUCCAGAUUUGUCAUGGUUUCGGCAAUCAACGCCGAAAAGCGGGACGCCUGGUGGUCCACGGCCUUGCGAAACUACUACAUCGCUAAACGUACCGCAGACUUCGCUCUGCGCUGUUCGGGGCUAGAAUACACCAUUCUACAGCCAGGGUCAUUGGGCUCCGAAAGUGGAACCGGAAAACUAUGCCAGCUGGACCAGAUCCAGUCCAAAAAAAGUGACUUUUAUCUCAUUCAAAGAGAAGAUUUGGCGCAAUUCAUCCAGCUUGUCUUGGAAAACCCUGAAAUAACGGCACAGAAGACUAUCCCGCUUGCAAAUGGAGAUUCGAACAUGCAAGAGAUUUUGCAGCAAAUCUGA